CACUCGCAUUCUUCCAUCCCAAAACACACACCGACUCUCCCUUUCUCAUUCUUCCCAGCCCACACACACUCUCUCUGUGUGUGAAAAUGAACGGAAGAGAUCGCAUAAUCCUCUUCCCCUUCAUGGCCCAGGGCCACCUCAUCCCCUUCCUGGCGCUCGCUACACAUCUAGAGCACCGAACUGGCUACACCAUCACCAUCGUAAACACCCCACUCAACAUCAAAACCUUAAAAUCAUCUCUCCCUCCAACAACCACCAUCCAUCUCGUGUCCCUCCCUUUCAACGGCUCAGAUCACAGUCUCCCUCCAAACUCAGAAAGCACAGAUGCAUUACCACACCACCUCCUCCCCCGCCUCUACCAUUCCUCCCAAACUCUCCAACCCUCCUUCGAAAACCUCAUCUCAACCCUCACUAACCAAGACGGCCACCCUCCUCUCUGCAUCAUCUCAGACAUGUUCUUAGGAUGGACGGUCCAGAUCGCAAACAGACUCGGCAUCUUCCAUUCCAUCUUCAUCACCGGUGGGGCCCACGGUGCCUCAAUCGAUUUCACUCUCUAUCUCGACCCCAAUUCCCAACCCGACUCGGCAGAGUUUCAACUCCCGGGUUUUCCCGACUCGUUCCGAGUCCACCGAUCCCAGCUCAAAAUCGCCGACGACAGUUCCGAUUCCGACUCGAUGUUCCGAUUCAUCCAUUUACAGUUCAAUCUCUGCUUAAGCUCUGAUGGGUUUUUGUUCAAUACCGUCGAGGAGAUGGAAAAGAUCGGAUUGGAGUAUUUCAGAAAGAAAACGAAUCGACCUGUUUGGGCGAUUGGGCUUUUGAAGAACGAAGGCAUUGCUAGAAAGGCAAUCGACGUUUCUGCGGGUAGAUGCAUUUCAUGGUUGGAUUUCCACCGUCCGAAUUCCGUUCUGUACGUAUCGUUCGGCUCUCAGAACACCAUCUCUGUUUCCCAGAUGAUGGAGCUGGCGAUGGGCUUGGAAUCGAGCGGAACGAAAUUCAUUUGGGUCGUCCGGGCUCCGCACGGAUUCGACGUAGAUGGAGAAUUCAGGACGGAAGAAUGGCUGCCGGAGGGGUUUGAGGAGAGGAUUACGGAGAGAAAGCAGGGGAUGUUGGUGAAGAGAUGGGCGCCUCAGCUGGAGAUUCUAUCGCAUGGAUCGACGGGUGGGUUUCUCAGUCACUGUGGGUGGAAUUCAACGGUGGAGAGCUUGAGAAGAGGCGUGCCGGUGAUUGGGUGGCCGAUGUCGGCAGAGCAGUUUUACAAUGCGAAGAUGAUGGAGGAGUUGGGAGUUUGUGUUGUUGGGAGGGGUGAAGGUAUGGAGAUUGGAAGGAGUGAGGUGGUGAGGGUGAUAGAGAUGGUGAUGGGAGGGAAGGAGAAAGGAGAAGAGAUGAAGAGAAAAGGGUUGAAAGUGAAGGAGAUGAUAGAGGAAGCUGUUAGAGAAGAUGGAGGAUCCUUGGGGUCUUCUGUAAAAGCUCUUGGUGACUUUGUGAUGGCUGCUGUGUCUUCGAAGAAGAUGAUUGGUGGAGAUUUUUGACGAGAAAUGAUAUUGAACGUUGAUUUCAAUGGUCCAGAUUACCUCACAUCUAUCUGAUGGAAUCAUGUGUAGCCCGUUUUAAGGAUUUUUUUCAUAGCUUUUAAAAAUUAAAAAUAAAAUAAAAUUUAAAGAUACUUU